UGCAGAUAUACCUAAAUCCGAUUUCCUUCUGGUUAGGUCGAAGCUCCGAUCGAAGGCCACAGUAGAGCUCACGGCAGAGGCAAUAAAAGCAUUCCAAUUCGUUGUAGAAGACGACGGUGUCGGCUAGUCAUUUUAGGAUCGGAUCCGUGUUCAAGACAGUUUCAAUAGGUAGUCAUUCUGCUUUGAACUAUACGUUACAUGUCUGAUCUAAAGAAGAACACAAGCCGAAAUCUCCCGUCAUGGAUGAGUUCACAGGAGAAUACGAGUAGUAAAUCACAAGCUAAGAACCCUACUGAUGUUUCUGUAAAUGAGAAUAGAAAUGUAGGUGGAUCUUCCACGACUAGUAGAGAAAAUGAAAAAGCACCCGAAACUAACAAUCCUUCCAAGAAUGAAAAUCGGAGAAGAAAAUCUGAAUCUGAUCAGGGGAUUGCAAGCUUCUCAAGACUUAUGGAAGGAGUUGUAUUUGCUCUAUCAGGUUUUGUUAAUCCAGAACGUGGCAUGUUACGAACCCAGGCUCUGGAAAUGGGAGCUGAAUAUCAACCUGAUUGGAACUCAAAUUGCACUCUCCUAAUUUGUGCUUUUGCAAACACACCCAAGUGUCGACAAGUCAAAGCAGAAUGUGGAACUAUUGUUUCUAAGGAAUGGAUAUCAGAGUGUUAUGCUCAAAAAAAGCUUAUUGACAUUGAAAGUUACCUCAUGCAUGCUGGACAACCAUGGAAAAAGCAAAACAUUUUGGAUGAGCCAAAAGAAGACCAGAAAUCUUCAGCAAAUAGAGAACCCCAGUUGCCAGCAGAUCGUCAAUCACAUCUUAACCAUGCUACUACAUCUAGACCGUCCAAGAGUGGAACUGCUAAUCCUGUUAUCGAUUAUUUCUCUCCUUCAAUGUUGAAGAAGUGGGCUGUUGAUGAUUUGAGUAAAACCAUCACGUGGCUGAGGAGCCAAGAAGAGAAGCCAGAGGAAAGUGAGAUAAAGAAAAUAGCUGCUGAAGGAAUUCUAACAUGUAUACAGGAUGCCAUCAAUUCCCUUGAGAAAAAAGAGGAUAUGCAUCAAGUGAUCGAGCAGUGGAGUUUUCUUCCUCGUGUGGUUGAGGAGCUAGCAAAGCUUGAAAAGGGUGGGAAAGAUGCCCUGUCAUUUCCAAAGGAAGAGCUUCACAAGCAAGCGUUAAUUUGUAAGAAAAUCUACGAGGAAGAGUUUAAGAUUGCAGAAGAUGAUUCAGUUGUAAGAAAGAGAAAGCAGAUAAAAGCAGAUGAAAACAAUACCAACCAGAAGAAGAGAAACAAGGCGAUUAAUGGCGCACAAGGAUAUGACAGCGAUGAUACUAUAGAGAUGACAGAAGAGGAAAUAGAGCAUGGGUAUAAUACUGUAGCUUCUAAGCUUUGUAAAUGAAACUUUUUAUGCGAUCCAACUCUAGUUUUAACUUCAGAUUAGAUAAUCUGGAUGGGGGAUACAACGUUUUGUUAGACUGAUCACACAACUGGUUUUUAUUUUUUGUUUUGGUCAUGUAAAAAAGAUGAUUUAACUGCAUUUUUCUUAACUUAUCUGCCUGUUAAACCAGAAUCUUAAAGCUGUGUCUUUUGUUAUUAGUUAUGGUUCAUAUAUUUGGCACUA